CGUUCCAACAACAAUAAAAGGAAGUCGAUCGAUCUCGCUGCUGCAUGCUGUGUUAUCACACCAAAUGCAUGCCCUGGCCUGCUUGUAUAGAUGGAUCGGGACGACCACCUGGGUCAUCAAGAAGCACAAGAAGAUCAUAAGCCGGAGACGGGCGGCCGGAGAUCACUGUCGCUGGAGAUCAACACUUUGGCCAGCUUCAGGGAGAGCCUGUCGCGCUCCCUCUCCCUCUCCGACAAUCAGCAUGAGGAUGAGGUUGAGCUGAAAUGGGCCGCCAUCGAGAGGCUGCCCACCUCCGACAGGCUCCACACCUCGCUGCUCCACGCUCGCCUACGCCUUGGCCUUCUUGGUGGAGACCAUGGAGAGGCGGCGCCGUUGGAGGUGGUGGACGUGCGGAGGCUGGGGGCGGCGGAGCGGCGGGUGGUGGUGGACACCCUCAUCGCCAACAUCCACCGCGACAACCUCCGCCUGCUCCGGAAGCAGCGGCAGAGGAUGGACAGGGUGGGCGUCCGGCCGGCGACGGUGGAGGUGCGGUGGCGCGACGUGUGCGUGGAGGUGGAAUGCCAGGUGGUGCAGGGGAAGCCGCUCCCCACCAUCUGGAACGCCGUCGUCUCCAACCUCCAGGUGGUGAGCAGCAUGCUGGGCUUCAACCGGCAGCAAGCGAGGAUCCGCAUCCUCGACAAUGUCAGCGGCAUCGUCAAGCCUUCGAGGCUAACACUUCUCCUGGGACCCCCAGGCUGCGGCAAAACCACCCUCCUCAAGGCACUCGCAGGCAAGCUCAACACCAAUCUCAAGGUAACAGGAGAAAUCGAGUACAAUGGCGUGAAGCUGAAUGAGUUUGUUCCGGAGAAGACGGCAGCCUACAUCAGUCAAUAUGACCUCCAUGUCCCUGAGAUGACUGUCAGAGAGACCCUCGACUUCUCUGCAAGAUUCCAGGGUGUUGGCAACAGAGCAGAAAUCAUCAAGGAGGUGAUCAGAAGGGAGAAGGAGGCCGGGAUUACCCCUGAGCCUGAUAUCGACACGUAUAUGAAGGCGAUAUCUGUGGAAGGUUUAGAAAGGAGCAUGCAAACAGACUACAUUAUGAAGAUCAUGGGACUUGACAUAUGCGCCGACAUAAUGGUGGGAGAUGCAAUGAGAAGAGGUAUUUCAGGCGGUGAGAAGAAGAGACUAACCACAGGAGAGAUGAUAGUAGGACCCUCAAAAGCUCUCUUCAUGGAUGAAAUAUCAACUGGGUUGGAUAGCUCCACCACAUUCCAGAUUGUUUCUUGCCUCCAGCAGUUGGCUCAUAUCUCAGAGUCUACCAUACUAGUCUCACUCCUUCAACCAGCACCAGAGACUUAUGAGCUUUUUGAUGAUAUUAUCUUGAUGGCUGAAGGAAAAAUUGUAUACCAUGGGUCUAAGAGUUGCAUUAUGAGUUUCUUUGAAUCAUGUGGAUUCAAGUGCCCGGAGAGGAAAGGAGCCGCUGACUUUCUUCAAGAGGUAUUGUCAAAAAAAGAUCAACAACAAUAUUGGAGCCGUAGUGGAGGAACAUACAGUUUUGUUACUGUUGACCAAUUCUGUGAUAAGUUAAAAGCAUCUCAAGUUGGUCGGAAUCUUGCUGAGGAGCUUUCAAAGCCUUAUGACAAAUCGAAUGGCCAUAAUAAGGCCUUGUCCUUCAGUAUCUACUCGUUAUCCAAGUGGGAACUCCUCAAGGCAUGUUUCGCAAGAGAGCUUCUCCUCAUGAAACGGAAUGCCUUCAUCUACAUAACAAAAGCUGUUCAACUUGGACUACUUGCCAUUAUUACUGGAACGGUAUUUCUCCGCACACAUAUGGGUGUUGAUAGAGUUCAUGCUAACUAUUUCAUGGGUUCACUGUUCUAUGCACUACUUCUGCUGAUGGUGAAUGGAUUCCCUGAGCUGGCCAUGGCAAUCAGCAGACUCCCAGUCUUUUACAAACAAAGAGACUACUAUUUCUAUCCUGCAUGGGCUUAUGCAAUACCAGCUUUUAUCCUAAAGGUUCCAAUCUCUUUAGUUGAGUCAAUAGCUUGGACAUCAAUAUCUUACUUCCUCAUUGGCUAUACUCCGGAAGCAUCCAGAUUCUUCCGUCAUCUCCUCAUCCUCUUCCUAAUCCACACCGGAUCAUUAUCAAUGUUUCGAUGUGUUGCCUCGUACUGCCAAACAAUGGUGGCUGGUUCAGUGGGUGGUACAAUGGCAUUUCUAGUCAUCCUUCUAUUUGGGGGUUUCAUCAUUCCUCGGCCAUCCAUGCCUAAUUGGCUGAAAUGGGGAUUUUGGCUCUCUCCAUUGUCCUAUGCUGAGAUCGGCUUAACUGGAAAUGAGUUCUUGGCACCAAGAUGGCUGAAGUUCACAAUUUCUGGUAUGACACUUGGAAGGAGGAUAUUAAUGGACAGAGGGCUAGACUUCUCCAGCUACUUCUACUGGAUUUCAAUUGGAGCAUUGACUGGAUUUAUUUUUUUGUUCAAUAUAGGUUUUUCCAUCGGCUUGACUAUUAAAAAGCCUCCAGGAACUUCUAGAGCUAUUAUCUCUCGUAAUAAUCUUACCACAUUUAAUGGAAGAGACCAAGAUAUGUCCAAGGACAUGGAGAAUGGGAUGCAUAUGUCACAAGCAGAAGCUUCUUUGACUCCUAACAGAAUUGGGAGGAUGGUACUACCUUUCACGCCCCUAACAAUAUCAUUUCAGGAUGUGAAUUAUUAUGUGGACACACCUGCGGAAAUGAGGGAGCAAGGUUAUAUGGAGAGAAAACUACAACUACUCCACAACAUCACAGGAGCUUUCCAGCCAGGGGUCCUCUCAGCACUCAUGGGGGUUACUGGAGCAGGGAAAACAACCCUGCUUGAUGUUCUUGCUGGGAGGAAAACUGGCGGUGUUAUUGAAGGAGAUAUAAGAAUAGGAGGUUAUCCUAAAAUUCAACAAACUUUUGCUAGGAUAUCAGGCUACUGUGAACAAACUGAUGUUCACUCCCCACAGAUCACAGUGGGUGAGUCUGUUGCAUAUUCAGCUUGGUUGCGCCUUCCAACAGAAAUUGACUCCAAAACGAGAAAUGAAUUUGUCAAUCAAGUUCUUGAAACAAUUGAGUUGGACGAAAUAAAAGAUGCUUUGGUUGGAAUACCAGGGGUAAAUGGGCUAUCCACGGAACAACGGAAACGGCUCACAAUUGCAGUUGAGCUUGUAUCCAACCCUUCAAUCAUAUUCAUGGAUGAGCCAACAUCAGGAUUGGAUGCAAGAGCAGCUGCUAUUGUCAUGCGUGCAGUAAAGAAUGUUUCGGAUACAGGUCGAACAGUUGUGUGCACCAUUCACCAACCAAGUAUCGAAAUAUUUGAAGCAUUUGACGAGUUGAUGCUACUGAAAAGGGGUGGAGAGUUGAUCUAUGGUGGGCCGCUUGGUUACCAUUCAUGCAAGGUCAUUGAAUAUUUCCAGGCAAUACCUGGGGUACCCAAGAUCAAGGUCAACUAUAACCCAUCAACAUGGAUGCUAGAAGCUACUUCUACAUCUAUAGAAGUUCAAUUGGGAUGCAAUUUCACACAAAUUUACAAGGAAUCAUCAAUGUGCAAGGAUAUGGACGCACUUGUAAAGCGCUUGAGCACGCCACCUCUGGGUACAAGCGAUCUCCAUUUCCCAACAAGGCAUCCGCAGAAGUUUUGGGAGCAGUUCAAAGCUUGCCUCUGGAAGCAAUGUUUAUCAUACUGGAGAACCCCUUCCUACAACCUGGUGCGAAUUGUGUUCAUAACAGUUGCCUGCAUUGCUUAUGGGGCAUUAUUCUGGCAGCGAGGCGACAUAAACCGCAUAAAUAACCAGCAAGGUAUGUUCACCAUACUGGGAUGCAUGUAUGGCACCACUCUGUUUGCUGGCAUCAACAACUGCCAGUCGGUGAUGCCAUUCGUUUCCAUCGAGCGCUCUGUCGUGUACAGAGAAAGGUUUGCUGGAAUGUACUCUCCUUGGGCCUACUCCUUUGCACAGGUUGCAAUGGAGAUUCCUUAUGUAUUUGUGCAGAUAGUGUUGUUCAUGUUCAUAGCAUACCCGAUGAUUGGGUACGCGUGGACAGCAGCAAAGUUUUUUUGGUUCAUGUAUACCAUGCUCUGCACAUUGCUCUACUUCCUCUACCUUGGAAUGAUGAUGGUAUCACUCACCCCAAACAUCCAAGUGGCGUCCAUAUUGGCAUCCAUGUUCUACACCAUACAAAACCUCAUGUCCGGCUUCAUUGUUCCUAUUCCACAAAUACCGAAAUGGUGGCUAUGGCUGUACUACAUCUCCCCAAUGUCGUGGACACUUAACGUCUUCUUCACAACCCAAUUUGGGUAUGAGGACGACAAGAAGAUUGAGGUUUUCGGAGAGACCAAAUCCGUGGCUGAGUUUGUGAGAGACUACUUUGGUUUUCGCCGUGAGCUGCUACCACUAGCAGCUGUAGUUCUGGCCGCCUUCCCCAUCCUCUUUGCCACCCUCUUCGGCUACAGCAUUUCAAAGCUCAACUUCCAAAGGCGAUAAAUAGUUAAAUAACAGAAAAUACACUACUGCUUACAUAGUGUAGCAUAUAUUUUUCUUUUGGCACAUAUAUUUACAGAAAUAUAAAGCUUGUAUUUGCUUGCCAAAAUGAAAAGUCGGUGUCUUGAAUAAAAAAAAAGUCAAGAUGUUCAGGCCGCAGGCACCUCAGGUUCCUCUCCUUCCCCUCCGUCCUCCUUUGAAUAUGUAUUCCAGCCGCCCACCUAGGAGUUCUACUUCCAUUAUUUUUUUUAAAAAAACCUCAGGAAUAUAAGGAGUGAUAAACAGAGGGAUUUAUAAAUUAGUACCUUGUAAAACCUAACAAGGACUAAGCAGGGCUAUAAAGAAGAUGAUUGCUGGAGUUCCUGA